CAUUCGCCUCGGCCCGCGGCGGCAGGAAGGGAGGUGCUGGGCUGGGCACGGGCCGUGAAGAGCCACCUUCCCUCUUGGCCCCGCGUCCGCCACCGGGCGUCUCCGGCCAUGCGCCCCACGGAGCCCUGGAGCCCCAGCGCGGGGACGGAGCCCUGGGACUAUUACUCGGGGUCGGGCGCACCGGGCGAGCUGGAGCCGGAGGAGUUGUGUGCGGCGCGGGACCUGCCCUACAGCCACGCCUACAUCCCUGCGCUCUACCUGGCGGCCUUCGCCGUGGGCCUGCCGGGCAACGCCUUCGUGCUGUGGCUGCUGUCCGGGGCGCGCGGCCCGCGGCGGCUUGUGGACACCUUCGUGCAGCACCUGGCGGCCGCCGACCUGGGCUUCCUGCUCACGCUGCCGCUGUGGGCCGCGGCGGCGGCGCGGGGUGGCCGCUGGCCCUUCGGCGAGGGCCUGUGUAAGCUCAGCAGCUUCGCGCUGGCCGGCACGCGCUGCGCGGGCGCCCUGCUGCUGGCCGGCCUCAGCGUGGACCGCUACCUGGCCGUGGGCCGCCCGCUGGCCGCGCGCUCCCCGCGCUCCCGGCGCUGCGCGCUGGCCGCCUGCGCGGGCGUGUGGGCCGCGGCGCUGGCCGCCGGCCUGCCGUCGCUGGCCUUCCGCCGCCUGCGGCCGCUGCCCGGCGGGGGCCACGGCAGCCAGUGCGGGGAGGAGCCGUCGGACGCCUUCCAGGGCCUGAGCCUGCUGCUGCUGCUGCUGACCCUGGUGCUGCCCCUGGCCGUCACCGUCGUCUGCUACUGCCGCGUGUCGCGCCGCCUGCGCGGGCCGCCGCACCUGGGCCGCGCCCGGAGCCGCUCGCUGCGCAUCAUCUUGGCCGUCGAGGGCGCCUUCGUGGGCUCCUGGCUGCCCUUCUGCGCCCUACGCGCGGUCUUCCACCUGGCGAGCCUGGGCGCGCUGCCGCUGCCCUGCCACUUGCUGCUGGCGCUGCGCUGGGGCCUCACCGUCGCCACCUGCCUGGCCUUCGUCAACAGCUGCGCCAACCCGCUCAUCUACCUGCUGCUCGACCGCUCGUUCCGCGCGCAGCUGCGGCAGCGCGGGGCCUGCGGGCGCGCCGACCGCCCGGCGCGCUGGAGCAGCUCGGCGUCAUCACUCUCUGGCGACGACGGCUCCCCGUUCAGGAGCCCGGCCCGCGCGGGCGGCCGAGCCCAGACAGCGAGCGCCCCCAAGGCUGUCGGCCCGUAGCUGCUCGGCCCGCGGGCUGCGGGUGGCGCAGGGAAGCGAAGCGGGCCGCCCCCCACCGCCGCCUACCUCCCCACCUCCCCGAGAGCAGCGGACUGCUUCGCCCGGGUGCGCGGGGCCUCCCGGGGUCUCCCUCACGAGCUUUCCCAAAAUCUCAGCUCUUCCAGCGUCCCCCCCCACCCCCGGCCCGGCUCCCGAGACCCGCUCUCCUCCUGCUCCGCCCGGGUGCGCACCUGAGCUUUGUCUCCAGCGCAGUAAACGUCCUGCGAGAUGGACCUGCCACACCGACCCGGGCUCGGAAAGGGAAGUGGCCUCCCUGCUCUGCGCCCUGAGGCCACUCUCUUCUCGGCGCCCGUUACCUUUGGUCCCUACAGUCGCCAUUGCCUGCUGAGAAAUACCUUCUCCAAGCCGAACUCUCUGGCUCCUCUCCGAAGAAUCCCGGGCCUUUGCGCUCUGCCGUCUUGGUGGCUGUGCUGAGUCACGCGUCCGCAUCUUCAAUUUCAACACUCACCAAAGCGUGGGAAGCACGGUGCUGUCGCGCUCACCCCUUCCUGCUGCCAGCGACCCCAGGAGGCCCGUCCUUCAUCUCCCCAGCUCCCAAGAAGCCGCAGGACUCACCCUGGACUUGGGCGGGUGCCUCCCUGCAGACAGAGGGUUCCAGCAUCUGUCCCCGGGCACUCAGAUGCUCUGACCGGCUGGGACACUGGGCCCUGCAGUGUGAGUUCCCCUUUCUCAAUAAACACUUGCUGCCCUCAUCCGA